CGCUGUUAAACUCGACACGAGUCAGUUUACAGAAAUAAUAUGUGGAAACUCUAUACGGUUUAUUUGUGCACAAGUAAUUUCGAAAAUUUGAAAUUUUUAUUCACGUUUAUCUCUAUACAGUGAAAUUCUAUACAAAAGUUUAAAAAAUCUACAAAUGUUUAUCUCUGUACAGUUUAUUUCGACACAGAGAAUAUUAUGCAGAAGAAUCUACAUGAAUGGUAUCCUCUCGCUGUGGCAAGUUCAAUUAAUUACGAGUCCAUAAGAUCAACAAUGUACAAACAAAUGAUUCACCAUAGGGGACCAGUUCCAAUGGAAUUGGAGGCCCUUGGAAGAAUUUUGCUGGACUUAAAUUAUGAGUGUACUGAAGGCACAUUUAGAGGAACACUAACUAGCAAUGAUGGUUCUAUAGCAUUGAUGUUUGCAACAGACACGAUGAUCCGAGCAUUUCGAGAAGGAACACAGUUCUCCAUGGAUGGAACGUUUGACAUUUUCAAUGCAGAACAGGAAGCAUCGCUGAAAAGAUAUUUAUUGCGCUCAGUGGCAAUGUAUCACGAUUUGUCUUAUCCUGCGGUUCGUAAACUUGCUUACGAGUUUUCAGUAACUUUAACAAAGAAAAAAUUGAUUAAAUCUGUUCCGAAAUCAUGGAAAAAAUCAAAGUGCGCUACCACGGAUUGGCUUAAUGGAUUUAUGCUUCGUCAUCCAGAUCUUUCACUGCGGAAACCAAUGGCAACUAGUCUCGGCAGGGCGACUGCAUUCAAUCGUCAUAAUGUCAAGAAAUUUUUCGGAAAAUUGAAAGACGUCAUUCAGCGAUUUAAAAUACAACUGCAAAACAUUUGGAAUGUUGACGAGUCAGCGCUAACCACAGUACAAAAACCUGUUCCUGUCGUAGCUCCACGUGGUGCAAGAAGUGUAGGUGGCAUUUCAUCAGGCGAAAGAGGAACUCUAGUGACGCUCACUCUCGCAUGUUCAGCACGUGGCAUGGUAGCACCACCUUUUUACGUUUUUCCACGGGCGAAAUUUCAAGAACAUUUUUUGUCAGGCUUAGACGCAGAUGGUGCGGCAAAUCCAUCCAGUUGGAUGAAAAGCGAACAAUUUUUUAAAUUCUUGAAUCACUUUGUCAAGUACGCACAUCCGACGAAAAAAGUACCAGUUUUACUAUUAUUGGACAAUCACGAAUCGCAUCUGUCGAUUUCCAAUUUAGAUUUUUGUAAAGAAAAUGGAAUUGUCGUCCUUUCUUUUCCACCACACACUACGAAUAAACUGCAGCCACUUGACAGAUCCGUGUUUGGUCCCAUUAAGCGCUACUUUCAUGCCGCGUGCGACACUUGGAUGCGAUUGCCGCAAAAUGCCAGAAAGACUAUCACGAUCUAUGACAUCCCACGGAUUGCUGCGAAACCUAUCGAAUCGGGUGCGUCUGUUUCCAACAUCAAAAGUGGCUUCGCCGUGUCUGGAAUUUGGCCAUUGAACGAAAAUGUGUUCACGGACAUCGAUUUCUUACCAUCGGAUAUAACUGAUCGCGAAAACACUGUUAAUCGGGCAUCCACUUCUGCGGAUUCUGACACGGAGCAAGAACGGAUGUCAGCUGUUUCCGAUGUCAAUGAAACAGUUGAUUUGGAUAAAACUCUAGAAGAAAUUCAUCCGUACCCAAAGGCUGCACCGCGCAAACAGACAAAACGUGGCCGCAAACGUAAAUCUGCGAUUUUAACCGAUUCACAAGAAAUGACACCAUAGCACGCAGAGCAGCAAGCCCUCAGUGAGAAAAAAGCAAAGAAAGCAGCUUCCAAAGCUGCUGCUGUAACAAGAAAAAUAUUAGCAGAACAAACCAAAAAAGCAAAAGUUGAUAAGCAACUUCAGCAAGCGGCAAAAAGUUCAGGUUUGGGUAUUGAAAGUGCUAAAAAGAAAAGUGUUGGCCGCGGCCGUCCCAAAAAACAAUAAGUAGAUAGAUUCUAUUAGUUUUUCUAAAUGUUUUUUCUUUUUUACUACUUCA